AUGUCCACCGCGUGCAUCAUAUGCCAUAAACGAAAGGUCCGGUGCGAUUUGGCGACUCACAGUCCUUGCACCAACUGCACGAAGUCUGAUGUGGAUUGCAGACCCUAUACACGCAAACGCAAGCGAUAUACCAACAGCUUAUCCCCUCAACGCAGCGUGGCUACUGAGUCUAUUAGCCGGCGCAGCUCCCAAUUUCCCGACCUCGAGGGCGGGAUCACAGCGCCACGCUUGUCUUCAAGUGGCUCCUGCGGUGAUAAUGCAAUCCCCAAUGUAUCUAACCAGCCCGAGUCGGUGCCCUUGCAAUCGCCAUUACCAUUGCCAGCUUCCGUGAACAAUGUCGAGUCUUUUAUCAAGGAGGAAAGCUACCGCGGGCGCAGCGAGUACUUGGGCGGCAGUGUUCCCUUUGAUGAAAAUAUGGUAAAGCCCGGCCAUGAAACGAGCUACACCAGCCCCCAAGCAUCGGCUGCCGACUUGCGAAUGUUGCGUGAACAGGGCGCAUUUGAACUCCCUCCGGUCGCUGUCCAGAGACAGCUGAUGGACAGUUUCAAUAAAUACUGUGUUCCUUGGACACCCGUCAUCGACCCUAAAUGGCUCGAUGAAAUUGCACCGCCAUCUAUGCUCCUCUUACAGUCAAUAUUCUUAGCCGGUAGCAGGGUUUCCAAGGCUCAUUUGGAUUAUGGGUCCAGCGAGGUCUUCUACCGACGCGCAAAGCUCUUAUUCUUCUUCGGCGGUGGCAACGAUGCAUUAAUCUCGAUCGUGGCUGCCUGUCUACUGCAUUGGUAUAAUCCGGUAGGCCCGGAAGACGUGUCUACUGACACAAGCGGGUUUUGGAUUCGAACCGCGGGGGCCAUGGCCUUUCAAAUUGGUCUUCACAAAGAGCCCCCGCCCAACGCAAGAUAUCGAGGCCUGCGUCGGCGUUUAUGGUGGUCUUUAGUGAUUCGAGACAAUGUCAUAUCGGUGGGAGUCGGGCGACCGAGAACGAUUAAUCUCAGGGAUAGCGACGUACUUCCGCCCUCGAUGAAUGAUUUCCCUGUCAAAGAUUUCCAAGCACAAGUCUUCUUGGCGUAUUGCACGAUAUCUUGCCACCUGGGAGAUACUGUCGAGUACUACCUACGAAAGGAGAUCUCUCGAAAACGUCGCGUUGAUCUGGAAAACGCCGUGUAUCGAUGGGCAAAACAAGUCUUUCCGAAACUGCGUACCUCCGCUACCCUUCAGGAAGAUAGCACAACCUCUAAUUUUGAGGUUCAGCAACUAUUGGUCAUGUACUUUGUCGUAUUGACCAUUCUUCAUCGCUCACCUACACCAGGCAGUGUCCCGCCGGCAGGAGCUCUCGUGGCGUCUUCUUUUAUCGCGGGCAUCUAUGAAGAGUUCCUUCUUCGGGACGAACUUCGCUACCUAGGACCCGUCUUUGCCUUUUAUCCACUAUGUGCCGGAUUGUCUCUGCUUUCCAGCUGCCGUUAUCCACAGUUGCAGAUUACAGCCGAACACGAGCUGACAGUGAUCAAACUCUCCCUUCAGAAGCUAUCGGAACGGUGGCUUUCGGCAGUUGGGCCUCUGCGGGCUCUCAGCAAAUUGACCGAAAAAGUCCGAGACCAAGGACCCUUUGAAGGUCCACCUCCAACUCUUGACUUCGACACCGCCUCUUUUUUCGAAGGUUUCGACGUCAAAUUGUGCAAGCAGUGGCGCCUCAUUGGGCAAGUCGCUGAACCCGCAGGCUCUACUCUAGGCACCGCGGCUACCUGUACCAUGGCCGACGUGCAAGACGCCGAUUCUCUGCCAGUCUUUGACACUCGGCUGGAUGAGCCGGUCGAGACAUUCAAUUUUACCCCUCUUGACACCAAUCCGGAGCCAUUUGGCACCAAUUGGGAGGGCUCGGGUUUUGAUUGGAGCGGCUCAUGGCUCCUCAACGUUUGA